AUGCGGUCCAGCACCAGAGAGGCCGUGAGCGACCUGGUUGCCGUGCUUCCGAAAUGUCGUCUGGACCAGCCUAUAUUGAGAAUAUGGGGUCGAGGACGUCAGCCUUGGCAGCAACAGCCCCUGAAGCAACCGCAACGGAUGCUGCUGUUCCAGCCCCGGAAGCAUCCAAACCGACCAGACUCUAUAGUGGCUCAAGCGUGGAUUGACCAAAGAGAAGCUUCAGGAGAGCAAACCGCUGUGGUGGACCAGCUCGGAAUGAUGCCAAGUGGACAAGUGUCCACGAUGAAAUCUGGUCCAAACAGUUGUGGGUGUUUUCAAGGGGAUUCGGAGUUUAACAGAAUGUGGCAACCACAAAGAAGAACGUACCUACCCCCCCCCCCCGCCCCCGAAACAGUCAUCAGCACCAGGCCCAGCGGACAGUGCUCCCGGAGACAGCUGCAGUCAAGACGCGGCGGAUUAUUGCCGCUGACAACAGGCAUGCCGUUACCCAGAACAAUCAGCUUUGGUGGGCCACCCGUUAACUUUGCACUGGGGCCAGUAUACCAGUUGGACUGUCAGCAUGGGGCUGCUUUUGGUCCCCUGUCAGGUAGCUUUCCUCCUCCCCGUUGGCAGUCUGAACCGCCAGGAUCUCUGGCCCCGCCUAGAAACGAAAACAAAGGCCGUCAUCACUGGGGACCGGCAGGGCUCACCUAUGGCCUCCCUGUGAAGCAGGAGCCUCCACAAGUUGCCGCAGGGAGACACAGGACUCUUCCAGCGUGGAUUCAAGAAGGUUUUGAAAGAGAUGGAACGUGGGGCGCCUGGAUGAAGUGUGGCACGGAGCCAGAGACGCACCCUGCCGGCAACAAAAGCCCCCGCAAAGCUGACCCAGGCCGGGCGCUGGCUUCCCUCCGUGGGAGGGCGACAGUGCCUCUGGGUCAGGAGACCGAUGGCCAGGCCACGACAGGCAUCCGCCUGCCCGGGGAACUUCUGGUGCUGGAUCCAGCCGAAACAGGAACCUUUCUGGAGAAAAGAAAAACAGUAGCUGUUACUUAA